AUGCCCAAAUUCCAAGACAAAAACCGCUGGGAGAUUGUUAAAUAUCCUCCUGCGCAAGAUGAGGUCAGAAACGUCGAAAUAGACGAUCAAGGCAACAAAAGGUGCAUUUUUGACCCUCUGGAGGACACGUAUCGCGGCCGCAUGCUCUGCAAGUUUGACCCGGACCACAAUGGCAAGAGAAAGAUUACGUUGUGGAUCGAGAAUAAGCAGUACCACGAGAUACUGGGCAUUAUGAGUCGCCGCAAAACGCGGCACCGAAAUGAAGACGGUUCCAUCGGCACAAACAGCAAAUGCCGAGCGCACCUUUACAACGCCGCGAAAAAUGGUCCGGCAAAGAGCGAAUUCACCAGCACGCUAUCGUCACUCCUCCUCUGCUGCAAGGCUGCCUCCGACGUUGCCGCUGCUGCUUAUCAACGCCGCAAAGCAGAUUCGCCAAUGUCUCUUCGCGGCUUGCGACAUGAAAUCGACGCCCGUCGCGACUUGCUCAUGCCCCAGCAAGGCUGGCAGUCGCAAUGCCACAGGCUGGCCACCUCGGUCAGAUAUAUGGAACCUCAGAGGACUCUUCACAACCUGGCUGUCGUGUGGCCAGGGCCGGACACCCAAGAAUUCUAUGGCUUCAACGCCCUGAUGAACCUCUUGUCCCUUUGGGAGAAUUUGCACGCCCUUUACGUCGUAGUAGACCCCGGGUACCUGGAAGCGAAGCCUUGGAGACCCGAUGAGGACCGAUGCUGGGACAACGACCACGACGGCUGCCUUUCUACAUUUCUAGAUACCUGCAGACUUGAUGAAUCGCGACAUGAGCCGAGUGUAUUUUAUCAUGGAGAUCGAGUGUGUUACGAAGUUGGUGUUGACGUGCUUGCCAAAGCCGGUGGCCUUGGGCAGGUGGCGGAGCUUCUGUUCGUUGCACAAAAGGAAUUAAAUGAGACAUACCAAGAUGAGGAGGAGGAGCCCGUAAAAGUGCAUGAUUCUAUCAUGGAAGCAUAUGUAACUAUCAUUCUAGAGUUUAUAAGAGUCUGCAAAUUAUAA